GUGGUUGGCUGUUGCAGGAGUUCGUGCCUCACUCUUAAGCUUCCCCGGACCACAGGCGCUGGAAGAGGGUCUGGAGCGGGCGAGCUCCUCCAAGCGCGAGUGAGUUUGAACCUGCCGCACCGCUUCGUCAGCGGGUGUGCGCCCUCCCAGUUUACCCCUGGGCACCCCAGGUGCCCUCACCUGGGGAUGUGAGGAUCGCUCUAAGGUACCAUUGUGUGGUUUGAAUCAGGAAUGAAAUCUUCUGGGAGCGCAGAGCAGAAGCUUUUUUGGUCAGCAUGGCAGACAAAAGACAGCAAGCGCGAGUGCAGGGAGCCUGGGCUGCCCCUAAGAAACAGCCAGCUGCUCAGCCAGCUGUUGCUGCUGGGAGCCACCAGACACCUGGCCAGACCUGGAGGAACAAGGAGCAUCAUCUGUCUGACAGAGAGUUUGUGUUCAAAGAACCCCAGCAGGUAGUACGCAGAGCCCCAGAACCACAAGUGAUCGACAGGGAGGGUGUGUAUGAAAUCAGCCUGUCACCUACAGGUGUGUCUAGGGUGCGUUUGUAUCCUGGCUUUGUUGACUCAAAGGAAGCCGACUGGGUCUUGGAACAGCUGUGUCGGGAUGUUCCCUGGAAACAGAGGACAGGCAUCAGAGAGGAUAUAACUUACCUGCAACCAAGACUUACAGCAUGGUAUGGAGAACUUCCUUACACUUAUUCAAGAGUCACUAUGGAACCAAAUCCUCACUGGCAUCCUGUGCUGCGCACACUGAAGCACCGCAUUGAAGAGAACACCGGCCACACCUUUAACUCCUUACUCUGCAAUCUCUACCGGAACGAGAAGGACAGUGUGGACUGGCACAGUGACGACGAGCCUGCGCUGGGGAGGUGGCCCGUCAUUGCUUCACUCAGCUUCGGCGCCACACGCACUUUUGAGAUGAGGAAGAAGCCCCAACCUGAAGAGAACAGAGACUACACCUAUGUGGAAAGAGUGAAAAUACCCUUGGAUCACGGGGCCCUGUUGGUCAUGGAAGGAGCGACACAAGCUGACUGGCAGCAUCGAGUGCCUAAAGAAUACCACUCCAGGGAACUGAGAGUAAACCUGACCUUUCGCACUGUGUAUCCAGACCCCGGUGAGGCGCCCAGGUGACCACGCUUUGUGGAGAAACGUUUGUGUGCAGUGGCCCUCCGGCAGAAGACACUUCAGGAGGCUGCUCCAGCCUACCCGAGAUGCAGCUAUUUGGAAGAUCGUGGCAGUUGUUUCCCAGCUCCCUGUCCCAUUAAACGAGAGCCCCUAGCAAUUCAAUUGAUAAUAUGCCCACUGGGGAACAAUUUUUCCGAAGCACAUCUCAAACCAUGCAUUAUCUUUAGGCAAAUUAAAAACUGCUGCGGCUGUGCUUGCACAUGAUUUGGGCCAUAAUCUGUUUUUCUCCUGUCCUCCCCCUAUAAUCUGAAGAAAUGUGAAUGGCCUUGUGUAUCUGGGGAAAAUCUGCACGUGUUUUUUCCUUAUGACGUCCGUGGAGCAGAGAUAUAAAUACAUGUCAGCAGCUCUGGAGUCUUCUGUGGGCAGACAGCUGCAGAAACCCAAACAGAGGUGGCUUCAGGAGCCUUGCUGUAGUCUGUCUUGGCACUGUCACAUCCCGGCCUGUAUGUUACUAUAAUGGGGAGCUGUACAUUCAGGGGACACUGUUUCUAACUGUCUUCCUGGACACUCUUGGGAGUAGUCCUCCAGAUGAAGGGAGGAGGCAGGGUCUCUAGCCCUCACCUUAGGCAGUCACCGGAUACCUAUACUACCAGAAAAUACAGUCCCCUUAGGUAAGGAAGAAGAGCUGAGGAUUCAUGAGAAGUAGGCUGAGAUGUUGGCAGAAGAGCAGCAAAUGCCGUUAGUGACAGCUGUUCCACAUAGAUUAGGUUCCCUUGGAGAAUCACGUGAGUCAUUUAAAGCCAGCCAGGUAGAGGCAAGAGCAGACCUACAGGGAAUAGACCGAGUAAACUCAUGGUCCUCCCCCCACCUUCGAUUUCAGCAGCCCCAUGACUGAGGCUGUCUGUGACUCAGUGUUCCCUUGCACAGUUUCUGAGGUUCAGAGGUUAGUCUGUGAUGUCACCAAGGUUCCCAAAGCAGACCAGAGUGGCUGCCCCUUCUUGCAUCAUAAAAGCAUGUGUUUCCUUGACCUGUUGACUCAGGAGCAGUGUGCCAGGUAAAACCCGAACGAGACAUGGAAAACCCAAGAGAAGGACAAUGCACUUAAAUAGAUGAAAGUAGGGCAGAGGAGUUAGUUUCUCUCUCUACCUCUGGGGAGAUUUACAGCACCCUCUUGCUUUUUAUCCUCUUUCCUUCCGUCCUGUAAGGUCAGUGAUCCCCAUGAUCGUGGUAAAGUGCCAGCCAUGGGGCAAACUUAGAGCCAGAGCUGGGCUGUAGCACCAUGCUUGGCCAGGCUGUGUGUCUGUCUUGUCUGUCUGUCAACAUGUAAAGCUUUUAUCUGUGAGGCAUACUAAAUGCUUUUCACACUUUGAGCAUCAUACCGAACCUUCCAGGGAAGAAGGUAUAAAUCUCCAUAAACAUAAAAUCAACUUUGUUGAAUUCCUAGCUGUUUUCCUAUUAAAGCAAAUAAAGCCUGGCCAGGGUGGGACAGCCAGCUCUGGUUUUGGGCCUGUUGCGUGACAUUGGGAAAUUUCCCUUCCAUUCUUUACGAACUUAGAAGAAGUGCCAGAUGGCUCUACGUCUUCCAGCAUCCCCCCUCCUAAUGGAGGGUCACAGAGUCCCCCUGCUGCAGCUGGGCAUUUGAUCUCUUCACUUGUCACAUGCCUCUGCCUAUCAGGGAAACAAAUUCCUCCUCUCCAGCAAACAGGUUGGGCCCCCACACACACCAGGUUUCCUGGUCAGAGAGCAGCACAUCUUAGCCUUUAUUUCUUGCUGUCACUGUAGACUGCCAUUUAUUUCCACCACCGAGAUAAGGUCCCAUCUGAAAUGAAAUGUCAGGUAGGUAGUUGCCACAGAACAAAAGUGCUGAGUUUAGCAAUAGGCAGGGACUCCGGGUGGUGGCGAAGGACAGCCAUGCUCAGCAGAUCACCCCAGCCUGUUGCCAUGUUUACUGGAAAUCCAUGCUACCUUGGAAUUGGGGUGAAGCUGUACCUGUAAAGCAGAGGAAGCCAGCACAGAUUGUAGCCUGAAGAAAAACAUUCAGGGUUUUCAGCUGCCAUUUUUCUUUUCUUUGUAAGCACUGUCCUGGGAGCUUGUAUACAUGAUCCCUAAACCUCUCCACAGCAGGACAAGAAAGAGACCUGUUCCCAUUGUAGAAAUGAGGAAAAGUCUCUGAGAGGUUAAACAGUUCAGCACGACUUGCAGUGGCAGGGCCAGAAUUCAGACAACAGGUGAAUUCCCAAACGCGUGUACUUUCCAGGUCUGGCUCCGGCAGUCCUGACCACCGCUAACUCCAUGCCACUUGUGUGUUGCCUGCUUGCUUGUGUUUCAGGGCAGGUUUCUGCGUCUCAUCUCUGCUUAAUCAACAUUAGCAUCUUCUGGUCAAAAACUGCUGCCAGCUGGGCAGCAAUUGGUCAUUUAAUUGAAGAAACUCAUUUUGGUGAAAUCUGGUGCAUUGAGAAAAAUCUUCAGCCAACUUUUCUGACAGGUGUUUCCUACCACAUACCUGGAAACCUUCCCAGGUAGGUAAAGGUUCCCCGGUGGUUCCAUCGUCCCUCAUCAUCUGAGUAUGUAUCUGGGGACCUUGAAUGGUGUCCAGACUCAGUAUGAGGCUCCUUACAGUACUUGCCAUCACCACUGCUCCAGCCCAGAGAAACAGGUCAGGCUGCAGCUGGGAAUGCCUCUGCAUGCUCAGAACAGCGAGACAGCACCAGAUUGUAACCCUAAACUGAAAUCGGGUCCCACUUUGAUCCAUGAAGACUAAACCAGUAGCUCUGCCAGUGAUUUCCCAGAGGUUGGGGUCACAGCUGAUGAACCUCGGGGCACCCAUGUCACUCCCUGCUGCCUGUGUGCUGCUGUGACCCUAGCUGGAUUCUAAUGGAUCUGUCUGAGCCCAGUCACCGGCACAGGCUCCCCACUGUGUGGCAGGCACCUCGAAGGAGUUGAGGGGGCCCCAAGUGAGUGGAAUGCUCCCACUGGGGCCUUGCAGAGAAAGUCAUGACAAGUGAUGGGUUCCUGCUCUGUUGGGAAUAUUUCUUCCUUGGGUUCUGGCAGCUUUCUCUUGGCUGCAGAAUAUCUAAGACCCACUUUGCCUUUUCUGGUCAUAAACACUUGUAGUGUUGAA